AGUUGCUAAAUGUCUGUUCAGUGCGUUACACUGUAUGACAGAGAGACGGUCUUUUGCCCACAACAGUUACUCCCUCAAGAGAUUUGAAAGAAAAAAACGCAAAGAAAUUUUGUGAUUUUUUGCACACAAAAAAAAUCCGCAUCCGGAAUUUAGUUCGGAAAAAUCCGCCUUUAGGAAAAUCCUAACCUAAAACAUUGAGUGAUCCUUAGUGACUAUCGUGCGUGCACUGGAUAAUACUGAAAGUGUGUGGCUUUUUUUUUUAAAGUGGAGUACUUCGUGAGAGGAUUUAUCUUUUAAAGGAUUACGCGUGAAGUGACCCCACCCCUUACCCCAACUUACAAAAAAAAAAUGGUGAUCCUCACCCAAAGUGGCCUCAAGUGAUCUUCCUCGAUCGUGAUCCUAGCGGAUGCCCCAAAGAUGCAUCCCCGUGAGUGCCCAAUUGAUGGAUUCUGAAAUAAAGCAAAAGGAUAUAAAUUUUCUCUGUGAAAAAAGGAUAUAAUCUAGUGUUGAGAAAAACCCACCCUAAACACCGUUCAAAGUUUUUCAUUUGUGGAUUAACCCUCCCCGACAACGACAUCCAUCUGCAACUAUGAAUUGGAUUAAUAUCACUUUAGCCCUCUGGAUCCUAACCAUAUCGUUGGUUGUUCAGGUGGAAAGUUCUGGUCUCUUUGAACUUAGGUUAAAGUAUUUUAGAAAUGACAACGGAAGGGACAACACUGGAGCUUGCUGCAGUGGACGAUCGGAUUCGGUGACUGGGAAGUGCAUUGGAACGUGCAAGACACGAUUUCGUGUCUGCCUUAAGCACUACCAAGCCAAAAUUGACACUACGUCCCAGUGCACCUUUGGUGAUGUCAUGACCCCGGUCCUGGGCGAAAAUACCAUCAACAUGACGUCACAGAGCCAGCAAAUUGGCUUCGUGAAUCCAAUUCAGUUUCCCUUCGAUUUCGCCUGGCCGGGUACAUUCACAUUAAUUGUGGAAGCAUGGCAUGACACUAAUGAGACGAUAACAAGAUCACCUGGUAUUUUAAUAUCGCGACUGUCGAUUCAGCGAGUCCUGGAUGUGUCGUCCAAUUGGACAGAGGACAAGCAUGAGUCCGUCUAUACGACCAUCCAGUACGAUUUUCGGGUGACCUGUGAUGCUCACUACUAUGGAUCGGGAUGCGCAAAUCUCUGCAGGCCAAGAGAUGAUCAAUUCGGACACUACACCUGCUCCGCCACGGGCGGCAUUGUUUGCUUGUCCGGAUGGCAAGGGGACUACUGCACCAAAGCUCGAUGCCUGCCUGGCUGUGAUGAACAACAUGGACACUGCAAUGUGCCAAAUCAAUGCGUAUGCCAGUCGGGCUGGAAGGGUGAGCUGUGUGAUGAGUGUGAGCCCUACCCAGGCUGCAUGCACGGAACGUGCAAAAAGCCCUGGGAAUGCCGCUGCAACGAAGGCUGGGGUGGUUUAUUCUGUAACCAAGAUCUCAAUUACUGCACCAACCACCGCCCAUGUCAAAAUGGCGGAACCUGCUUCAAUACUGGUCAGGGUUCCUACACCUGCCAAUGUGCGCCCGGUUACACGGGAACUGACUGUGACAUUGUGAUCAGCAGCUGCGAAAACUCUCCCUGCCUCAAUGGGGCAACGUGUCGCGAUGAGACUCCGCGUGGCUAUAGAUGUGAGUGUCGGAAAGGGUGGACAGGAAAGCAUUGCGACCGCGAAACCGUAACCUGCGCCGACAAACCCUGCCUGCAUGGAAAGUGUCGUGACACGAAUCAGGGGUUUAAGUGUGAAUGUCCGCUAGGAUACAGUGGUCUGAAGUGUGAUACGCAAGUGGAUGAGUGUAGUCCCAAUCCCUGUAUGAACGGAGCCACGUGCCUGAACAACGGCAACAGCUUUCACUGUCAGUGUCCAUCUGGAUUCGCAGGGAAGCGAUGUGAACGGAAUAUCGAUGAUUGCCAAGGAAAUCCAUGCUUACACGGUGGAACCUGCAUUGAUAUGGUUAAUCAGUUUCGUUGCCAAUGUGUUCCCGGCUACAUAGGCUCGUUGUGCGAAAACAAGGUUGAUUUGUGUUUAACGAAACCCUGUGCGAACGGCGGGACCUGCACAAAUCUGAAAAACGACUACCGAUGCACGUGCCGAGCUGGAUUUAGUGGGAAGGACUGUAGUAUUGACAUUGAUGAAUGUGCCUCGUCACCUUGCAGAAAUGGCGGAACUUGCGUAAACCGUGUGAAUAGUUUCCACUGCGUCUGCACAAGCGGUUUUACGGGGAAUCAAUGUGAACAGGAGUUCAAUGCUUCAGCAUGGGAUUCGGCUAAUAUAUCUCGACAUGUUUCGUCGGUUAGUGGCAGUCCGGAAGCUCAUAGCGGGAGGAGUGAUGAACUGAAUACUGCACAAAUUACGCUGAUAGUUGUAUUCUCAGUGGCCAUGCCCUUGAUCGUAAUCAGUGCAGCUGCGAUCGUGAUGUGCAUGAAGAGGAAGCGAAAACGUGCCCAGGAGAAGGAUGAUGCCGAAGCGAGAAUGCAAAAUGAACAGAACGCCUCCCAUGGAGGCCUAGCCCACCAUCACAAUUCUAUGUCCUCUAAGAGGUCAAGUGGCAGCGGCCUAGGUUUAGAUGCUACAUCACACAAUAUGAUCAAAAACACGUGGGACAAGAGCGUCAACAUGUCCAGCUCUGUGAGCGUGGAUGAUUGCCUACUCAAUGCCAGCCUAUACUCUAGCGGCGUGGGGCCGAAUUUCAAUACAGCGAGUGGAGGUGGCGCUGAUGUAUCCGAGUGCUAUGGCAGUGGGCAAAUGUCACCACUGCAGCGAGCUAGAUCGCAAAAGCAGCUUAAUACGGAUCCCCUGGUGAUGCACCGGGCGUCCCAGAUCAUCAGCACCUCACCAUCCGCCAAAGAUUUCCAUGUGCCGCCGCCAGAGAAGCGGAUAUCGGUGCUGUCCGACGCGACACUGUGCAACACACGGUGGAUGCCGCCGGUCACCCGCCAAAUGGGACCCUGCAGUCCACCCCAUAUGUAGUGCUGUGCCUCCAAAUGCCCAGAAGAUGACAAUUCCAAAACCUUCGACAGUCUUCAUUUUUUUACAAUGAGUGAGAACAUUUAUUUCAAUAGGAGAGACGAACUAAUGCAAUUCAACAUGUGAAAUAUCAUUAAGAGAAGAGAAAAAAUGAGAAAAAAUUGAAAAAAAAUGAGAAAGAAAAAAUAUUUAGAGAUAGAAAGUGAGAGAAUGGGUUGAUUUUUUGAAUGAACUGAAGUCACAAAUGAAAGUUCUGCUGUGCAGAAUUUGACCUCUGAUGUCCCUGAUAGCCUAUCCCAAGGUCAUAUUGAGUUGGAUUAGGUUGACAAGUUUCUCUCAAAUCAGCAGCAAUUGAUGCUGGGGCCAUUUGGUUCUUGUAUGACCUUCUUUUUGCCCACCAAAAAGGAGAUCAACAAGAUUCUGGUCAGCUUGAGAGAAUUGCAUGGGAAUUUUCUGUUUGUUGUAAUUUGAAACAGAGAGAAAAAAUGCCAGAAAAUAAGAUGAAAAAAAUAUCAGUGGAAAAAAGAUUUAUAUAAAAUUAUACAAUCCCAGUAAUAUAUUUGUAGAAAAGCGAGAUAUUAGCAUAAAUAAAUGUAAUAGUGCGUAACGAAUACAUUUAGACUAGAUUUAUCCACAUUUUUCAAUUUUUGUCGACAUAAGUAAAAACAUAAACUAUAUAUAUAAAAAAUUGUAAUAUUGUGAUCAAACGAUUUAAUUUAUAGUAGAUGUAAUGUUGUAGGUAUAAAUAAUAAAAACUAAGUCAAGACAUUGAACGAGAGAAAAGAAACAACACGAAUCACAAUCCAAUUUUCUCACUAAACUAGAAUUUUUUUAAAAAAAGAAAAGUAAAAUAUAAUGAUUACUUUAUAUUUCAAAAUGGACUGAACAAAUUGUAUUCUUAAUGAUCUAUAAUAGUUAUUUAAAUAAAAAAAAAUUUAGAUGAAAAAAAACUUUUGAAAAUGACCAAUCUUUUGACGAAAAAUUAAAUUGUACCAAAACUAAAAAAAAAAA